AUGGCAAAUGCCGUAGAAGGGGACAUCUCCUUUGCUGCAGGAGUUUUUAGGGACUGCUUCCGCCGAGGCGGCGAUUUCACGGUGGUGGUGGAAGAGCCGCAAGGUGAGGAUAGCUGUGGUUCGGAAGUCAAGCGAGUGGAGUUCAAGGUCAUGUCUCCGUUGCUGGCCAGUUGGUCUGUGGUCUUCGACAAAAUGAUCAACUCUGAGGAAUUUAUCGAGCACCGGAAGGCGCAGAUGGUCAUUGCAGACUUCUCCAGCAGAGCCGUGGAGGUCUUCCUUCGCUUUCUUUACUCAGGGGUGGUAGAGGGCCCUCUUGAAACGCUAGUGGAAGUGUGCGCGCUGGCGGACAAGUACCAGGUGGAAAGACUCCAGGAGCUUUGCACGGAGGCGUUCCGGAAAGGCCUGAAAACGGAAAAUGCCUGCCAGCUUUUUGCCUCUGCCGCACGCUUCCAGCUUGCAGACUUGCGAGGAAUGGCGCUUGAGGAGAUCUGGAUCAAUCCAGAGGAUGCAUUGAGAGAAUGCCCGAGCAUCAGCCUGGAACUACUUGAGGAGAUCCUCACGCCCGGCCUGAUCUGCAUGUCGAACGGGGUUCUCAGGGUGAUCUUGCAGGGGUGGAGCGCGGGGAAGAAACGGAAGGCUGGUGAGGAAGCGACCUUGCCUCUGCCAUCACAGCCGGUCAUUCAAAGACACUUUGACCGCAUGAAGGACGAGGCUGCACGACUGGAACGGGCGUAUGGAGCAGAGUCUCCUGAAGACAGCUGUUGGGCUUCCUACUCAGAGGAUAUGUUCAAUUCGCUUUGGCUUGAGCGCGAAGAGCACAACCCUGAGUCGCCAUUCUUGGGAUAUUAUGUGAACGUGGUGUUCGGACGGACGUGUGUUGAGUUUUGUCAGUACAACUCUGAGCCACUGGAGUACUAUGUCAGCAACCGUAAACCUUUCAUGCUGACAGCUGGUUCGAUCACAUGGAGUCUGCCGUACGAGUCCGUUUAUCUCAUGGGCCUUUCCUUCGCCGAGGAGAUGACCGAGCAGGUUCACUGCAAGAUCUUCUGUUCAAAGGAUGGUAUGAGCUGGCAUCUGGCCGCUGACACAAGGAAGUCCAAGAUCAAAGCUAAGGCAGGGCUACGCCUCAACCGACCCAAUGGCCUGGUCAAGUGGUUUCAGCUCGAGGUUCUGGAAGGCACGUUUUACAACAGCUUGCGUGUUCAAGGUGGACGCUUCGUUCCUCCAGACCUGCUGACGCGGGAGGGAAUCACGGCCAGCUACGUCACCAAGGAGGUUCUCCUAGGGGUGACCAUCGGCUUUGCUCAGGUGCCGGAGUCCGUGGCCUUUGCCUUCUUGGCCCACGUCCGGCCCCACGUGGCGCUGCAUGCGGCCUGGAUCAUCGGACUCUUCUGCAGUCUCCUCGGGGGCAGGCCGGGCAUGGUGAAUGGGGCGACCGGCGCUUUUGCGGCGAUCAUCGCCACCUUUCUCCCGGUGCCGAGCACUCCAGGUGGCAACGGCGAACAUGUCGAGCUCCUUUUCCCCUCCGUCAUGCUCGCAG